UAAAUCAUACUGUUGUAACUUUAAAAGCAAACCUGAGCACACUGAGAGAAGUGAAGAACAGUGCCACCAGUGCCUAUGAUAAUAGUCUCAAAAAAUUAAAAAGCGAUCUACGUAUGAAUGAAAGCUUAGUUUAUAUUGAUCUAUUUCAUGAUAGUGGUGGGAGGGAUCUGGACCUUAAUAUGUCCUUAAAUCCUUAUUUAAAAACAUUAACUAGUGAUAUAUCAUCACUAGGUGAUGUGUAUAUUGCACGUGGUCCAACAGGGAUACAGUUUGAUGAGCAUGAGCAGAAGAAAACAGUUAUGGUUGAUACUGAAAUGUCAGAAGAUUCAAAAAGUGAAAAAAUUGACAGAGAAGAUGGGAACAAAGAGAAGGGAAGUAAAGAUGUAUCAAUGUUUAUAGUUCAAUCACAAGAAAAUUCAGAGCUGAUAUGUAAUGUCAAACAAGAACCAAUUGAGGACUGUCAAAAUACCACAGAACAAGAUGAUUCAGAACUGAUUUGUAAUGUCAAACAAGAACCCAUUGAGGAUUGUCCAAUUACAUCGGAACCUUUGCCUUCUAUUAUGUCAGUACCUCUAUCUAAUGUUCUUCAGUCACAGGCCAUUCCUGUUACAUGUACCACACCAUAUGUUAUAGGACCUUUGACGUCUGCCAUUCCAGCUCCUUUUGUUAUGCCUGCGAAAGUGUCUUCAGCGCCUACAAUGCAAUUUCCUGUUCCCAUCCAGUCUGCCAAUAACAGACCUAGAGCCCCAGCUCCAGCUAAGUCACCCAUGGCAGGAACACAGCCAUAUCUUAUUAGAUUCCUGCCAAUGGAUAAGAAUUCAACAAUAAUCAGACGUUUUCCUAUAGUACCAGUUAUGCCAGGUUCAAAAAAUGCACCUACCUGUUUGGCUACUUGUAAUCAACUACCGGUAACUCAACUACAAAUGGCACUACAGACAAUUGAUCAAUCAAAUCAUUCAAAUUUAACUCUGGUUAAUGCGCAAGGAAACAUUCAAAAUACUGCUGCUUUACAGAUAGAUAAUGUCACUGUGUUCUUUAGUAGGACACCUCACCCGACAUAA